UUCUCUCCCCCACUCUCUCUCUCCCUCGCGUGCGCGACACUCCCCAGCAAAAACGCCUCUCCAGGUCUUUCGAGUAAAUCCCAAUUCCCCGGUAUAAAAAACCGGUCAACGCCGUCAGAAACCAUCAGCCCGAAAGACACAAUUCAUGAACCGUCGCCUGAAUCGAUUCAUCAAAACCCUAAUUUUCUCUCUCUUCCAUUCACUCUCUCUCCUCAAAGCCCUUCUCUCUGAAAACUUAAUUCAGUCUCUCUCUCUUCAUUCCAUGUUGUUCGAUUACGACAACGAGUACGACGACGGUUUUAGCACUCCUCUCGCAACCCCAUUCACUCUCCCCAAUGAUGAACCCCAACUCUAUCUCGUCAAUGACAGGUGGUGGAAUGAGGCACGAGGGGCGGUGUUAUCGAGUGAUAUCACAGGCGUUUCUUAUCUCACCACUUCGAUGUUUUCGAAAGUGGAUGAUUUCUGGGAGGUUAAUGAACAUAGCUCUGAAAUUUCGAUGAAAAUGAUGAGGGAAGAGACGGAAGGUGGGGGAGAAGGCGUGUUGUGUGAAUACGCUUUGCUUUUGGAUUGGAUGUUUCUGCGGGCUCUUAAAUGGCAUAAUGAUUUGAACAAGGGUGAAACUAUUCUUUCUGCUCAAGAUACCAUGCAGGAUCCAUUUUCUCUGAAAAUACGUUAUUUUUUGGGGAAGAUGAAUAUUUUGGAUGCAAAAAUUAGCAGAAAGGAGAAUGAAGCUGGCACGUUUGAAAGAGCAUGCAAUAUUUUCUGUGUUGACGAUGAUGGCCAGUUUCGCAUACGGGACUUCUCAGGACAGAUAACUCAGUUCAGCGUAAAUGACAGAAAUAUACCAGAUUCAGCUCUACAGAAUGAAGGGAUUCUUCUAGAAUUGCAAUUAUAUGGGCUCUCUCAUAUGACGAAAGGAAGACACCGUGUGAAGGAUGAGACAGUAGUAGAUCAAUUUAAGGGCGAAGAUUUCUUUUGGACUGGUUCGCCUAAAAUGAAUGGAAGCAUUAAUAUUAGUGCAGAUAUAAGAGUUGACUGCCAACCAUCUAAUAGUCUGUAUCGAGAAGCUCGUGCAAUGGGACUGACGGGGUUGUUGAAUCUUGGGAAUACGUGUUUUAUGAACAGUGCUGUCCAGUGUUUAGUGCAUACCCCAAAGUUUGUUGAUUAUUUCCUUGGAGAUUUUAAAAAAGAUUUAAAUUUUGAAAAUCCCUUGGGCAUGAAUGGUAAGCUUGCUUUAGCAUCUGGGGAUUUGUUUAGAAAACUAUGGACUCCGGGAGCAAGACCGGUGGCUCCAAGUAUCUUUAAAUCCGCACUUUCCGCUUUUGCACCUCAAUUCAGUGGCUACAACCAGCAAGAUGCUCAAGAGUUCCUUGCUUUUUUGUUGGAUGGACUGCAUGAAGACCUCAAUCGAGUCAAAUGCAAGCCAUAUAUUGAAGUAAAAGAUGCAGAUAAUAUUCCUGACAAUGAAGUAGCAGAUGAACACUGGCGGAAUCAUCUUGCUCGUAAUGAUUCGAUCAUCGUUGAUGUGUGCCAAGGCCAAUUUCGAUCGAAAUUAGUUUGCCCUAUCUGCAAGAAGGUGUCAAUUACGUUUGAUCCUUUUAUGUAUGUAUCGUUGCCACUGCCUUCAACAACAAUGCGGACUAUGACUUUGACAGUCCUGAGCACUGAUGGGAGUUGUAUGCCCAUCCCAGUUACUGUAACUGUACCUAAGUUUGGAAAGUGUGAGGAUCUUGUUAAGGCUGUUAGUGUUGCAUGCUCUUUACGUGAUGAUGAAACACUACUGCUGGCAGAGGUAUAUGGAAGUCAAAUUAUGCAUUUUUUGGACAAACCAUCUGAUUCAAUUGACCUGCUUAGAGAUUCUGAUCAACUCGUGGCUUAUCGGUUGCCAAAAGAUAGUGGUGAUUCAUCUUAUUUGGUUGUGUUCAUGCAUCAGUAUGAACAUACGCCAAUGUAUAAAUAUGUGGACAAUUGGAAGAAGUUCGGCAUUCCUUUAUUAGCAAGAAUGUCUGAUAUUUCUAAAGGAUCUGAUAUCCGUGAACAGUUUCUAAAGUUACUUAGUCCAUUUCUAAUGUCAGUGGAGGAUGUUUUUGUGGAGUAUGACGAUGCUCAGACCAGUGGUAGUGAAGACUCUAGGACGAAGGAUGGUGGCAGCAGUGUUACGAUAAAUGUCUAUGUGAAUAGUGAAGUAGAGGAUGGUGAUGUCAAUAGUGUAGUUGAAGAUGACUUAAAUGUGAGGGAUGAUUUCCAUUUUUCUUUAGUAGAAGAACACAGUUUACUAGCGGGUACCCCAAUAGAGAUGAAUGAGCCAUUACCAUCCCCAAGAUCCUGCAGGAAAUAUACAGUGCUUGUUACGUGGCCAAAUAAGAUGAUGAAUUUGUAUGACACAGCUCGCUUGAUCUCAUUGCCAGAGAUAUGUAAAUCUUCAUUAUUCACUAAAAGGCCUCAAGAAUCUGUUUCUCUCUAUAAAUGCUUGGACGGGUUCUUAAAAGAGGAGCCUUUAGGACCCGAGGACAUGUGGUACUGUCCUAAGUGCAAGGAGCAUCGCCAGGCCAGCAAAAAAUUGGAUCUUUGGAGACUGCCAGAGAUUUUGGUUAUUCAUCUAAAGCGGUUUUCAUAUAACAGGUUUUCUAAGAGUAAGCUGGGAACUUUUGUGGACUUUCCAGUUGAGGACUUGGAUCUCACACAUUACAUUGUUCACAGAACUAGUGAGGUUUCAGAACGAUAUUCAUUAUAUGCGAUUGUUAACCACUAUGGCAGCCUGAGCGGGGGUCAUUAUACUGCAUUUGUCCAACAUGGACAAAACCAGUGGUAUGAAUUUGACGACAGCCAUGUUUCCCCUGUAGCCGAGGAACAAAUAAAGACUUCAGCUGCUUAUGUUCUUUUCUAUAGGAGAAUCUGACCGGGACACAAUCGGGUAGAAUGUUAAAAAGUAGGACUCAGGCUUGGGGACUGGCAUGUCCAUGUUUUUUGAAAUUAAAUAUAGUUUGUAUAGCAAUAUCUUGGAUUCGGUUUAAAGUUACUAUAGAAAGUUGCAAAGCUCGACGCCAAAUCUUUACAGGCCAUUAUUUGGUCAUAUGAUAUGAAAGGUCGUAAUAUUUUGCUAUUA